AUGGCUAAGCACCGCCCAAAUUCGUUGUAUGCUGAGAUUCCCAAAUCUCUAAGUAGCUACAAAGAUGGCUUUCAAAAAGUCACAUAUGCCAAUCUCGCCAAUGUCAUCAACGAAUUAGCACAUUGGAUGUACCAGACACUAGGUCCGGGGGAGAACUUACCCACACUGGCAUACAUCGGUAUAAAUGAUAUACGUUAUAAGGUCUUGAUUUUAGCUGCCGCGAAAACUGGCUACAAAAUAUUGCUGAGCUCUCCACGAAACAGUCUUGCUGCACACUCAAAUUUGUUCAAGAUUCUUGAUUGUAAGAUCAUGAUAACAACCAACCCAGCACUUCCUAUGGUUCCUGGUAUUUUUGAUGCCUGUGGUCUUUGUAUGAUUCACAUUCCAAGUCUAGAAGACUUGCUUGAGAAGACAUAUGGCCACUUUCCUUAUCACAAAACGUUUGCUCAGGCAAGGGCAGAACCAUUGGCUGUCUACGAUGGUGGUCUUUUCGCCUCAUUUUUAGGUGCACUUCACAACCAGAGAUUAGUAUUACACCCUCUAGCUGGUGUUCCUCCAUCCGCACAGCUUGUGGUGGAUGGAUUGCGGUAUACCAAAGCCAACUGUAUCCUCUUGCACCGCCGUUCGUCGAAGAAGUCGGAAAGAAUCCCGAGCUACCUACUCAAUUUCCUUGCAAAAAGCGUGGAUUGUUUGAUGUACGCAGGCGAUGAUGUGUCGCAAGUGGCUGGAGAUAAAAUCUCAGAGCGCGUAAAAUUCUUCAUGGUUAUAGGCUCUACUGAGAGUGGAGUAAUUCCUAAUAUACGACCUGCAAGGCAAUGGCCAACGAAAGACUGGAAAUACUCUCAUUUCAACCCUCAUGCAGGCAUUGAUUUUAGACACCAAUCCGACAACCAAUACGAAGCUGUGAUUAUUCGGGAUCCAGUACCCGAGAAGAGACAGCCAGUAUUUUCUGUGUUUCCUGAAUUAGAUGAAUGGGUGCCUUCGCAAAAUUCCGAAAAACAUUCCACGGUGGAAAGAGCCCAUGCUAUUGAGAGGUUCUGGCCCAAAAUUGAAGAGGCCAAUCAAGAAUGCCCGCAGCACGCCAAAGUUGCGAAAACUCAUAUAUUGUUUACAGCCCCAGAAAAGCCAAUGGAAAGAGCUGGCAAGGGGACCAUCCAAAGAAAGCCAACUUUAGAUCUUUAUUCUGAGGAACUAGAUAAAUUGUAUGCAGAUGCCGAAAAAAUGUCGACUUCGGCACCAGACGAGGUCGACCUGACCGAUAGCAACUCUAUUGCUCUGUUCAUUCACAAUAUUAUUGCACGGCUCACAGGCACCAACAAUUUCCAAGACGGUGAUGAUCUUUUUGCCCAUGGUAUGAUGGAGUCUUUGCAAGCACUCCGUUUGACGCGAGUAUUGAAACAGACUUUUGCAAUUCCGGAUUUCGAUAUCAGUACUGUGUACUCCAACCCAUCAGUCAAUUUGCUCACAGAUGCAACCGUCCAUCUAUUCUCAUCGCAUAAAAUAAACAAAUCGUCUAGCGAAGAAUCGAGACAACAUACAAUAAGCCAGGUUCUCGAUGAAUACAAAUUGCGUAUUGAUGAAUUCAAAAACCUUACGUGUUCCACUACUCGAAAGGUUCAACGCUCUGAACAGCGGGUUGUUGCCCUUACCGGUUCUAUCGGUUCGAUUGGGUGUUAUAUUCUGCAAACGCUUCUGCAUUCAGAGUCUGUUUCGCACGUAUUCUGUUUGAAUAGAACUAAUUUGCAGUUCCUUCAAGUUGGAAGGAGCAAGGGGCAUAGUCUUGAAACAGAAUUCCCCACAGAUCGUGUUACAUUCCUAGCAGCUGAUUUCUCGAAGAAGAACUUGGGUCUUCACCUCAAGAUCUACAACAAAUUGCAAGAAUCAGCGACUGACAUAAUUCAUAACGCUUGGACUAUCAAUUUCAAUCUACCACUUUCAGCCUUUCGGUCCAAUAUUGAAGGCGUCAUUAACCUUGCAUCCUUCGCUGUUUCUGCAGCUCAAAUACCAUCUUUAAUGUUUGUUUCAUCUGCGAGCUCUAUUGCGCAUUUUCAAAGACUACCGACCACUCCCGAAUCUAUCAUUGACGAUGUUUCGGCGUCGCUUGCCAUGGGUUACGCUGAGAGUAAAUAUAUCACAAAGCAUUUGCUUGACUACACGGCAAAAGAAUAUCCAGCACUGUUGCUACAGAUAGCAAGGAUCGGGCAAGUGGCGGGGCCCGUCAGUACAUGUGGUUCAUGGAACAGGCAAGAGUGGCUCCCUCGCCUGGUUCUGACUUCAGUGCAAUUGGACAUCAUGCCUGAAUCUCUUGAUGCAACGAAAGAAACUGAAGUCGAUUGGAUACCACUUGAUAUACUUGCUAGAGUGCUUGUAGAAUUUUGUCUGGGUGACUCUGACUCUAGCUCUACCUCUGGCUCUGAUUCUGGCUCUGGCUCUGUUGAAGAUGCUGGUGCAAAAGUCUUUAAUCCUACAAAUCCAGUGCUCGCAUCUUGGAAAUCAUUGCUCUCUGCAAUUAACAGAAGCCAGGACAAAGCUCUCGAGCCGGUCCCAUUCAAUUUAUGGAUUGAGGAAGUAAAAAGAGAAGCGGAAAAACUGGACGAUGCAACUAAGCUUGAAGACCAAUUGGCUGAUAUUCCAGCUGUGAAAGUGAUGCCAUUCUAUGAAGGUUUAGCCAAAGGAAAGGGAGCACCGCGUCUAGGCAAUGAUAGAGCAAUGAAAAUGAGCAAACAGCUGAGGGAAUUGGCAGGAAUUAAGCCGGAAUGGAUGGAAGAAUGGGUCAAAAGUUAG